UUUAAAGAGAGAUGCAUGCAAGUACUGUCCUAAAGACCUGCUUGACUACUGAUGCUGAAGAGAAAUACACAAAGGAUGUGAAAGUGGCAAUCUUGACUGUGCUUGAAGGUGCUCAGUGUUCUCUCCCAGACGUGGUUGACUUUCGUAUUAUGCUUGAGGAAAAUGUCGUUGUGGAAGGCAUCAGUGAUCUGCCAAGUGCAUUUGUUCUCCUCUUCGGGCUUUUUCACACCCUAAACAUUGAGUACCCCAGAGAGAUGAAAUACACGUUUGAGAGAAUCCGUGGAGCUCAAAAUUCGCCACAAUUCCGGGGGGAUCUAGAAAAUUCUGGACCGAAAGGAACCUGCGGGGACGAGAGACAUAAGCAGCAGAGGAAAGUGAGGUGCAAACCACCACCACCACCAUCAUCACCAUCACCACCUCCAUCCUCACACCCCCUCCCACCCCAUCGGCAUGGCAACUACCACCACUGGAAACAGCAGCAGUUCAGACCAGAAGUCUACCACUUCCCCGCUAAUGGCCAAACCUACCAGCAAUCAGAGGUUGGUAAGCAAGGAUGGACGUAGCCUCCUGCGGGGCCCGGCGGCUGGUGGGCGGGCGACCUGGGUGGGGGCGCUGCGGGACAUGUGGGGGGCAUGGCUGUCUCUGCGCUGGCGCUGGGUGGUCCUGGCCUUCUGUGGUUCCUUCCUCCUCCACUGGCUCCUCUUUGCUGUCCUGUGGUACCUGCUGGCCCGGGCCAACGGAGACCUGGGCGUUGACCAUGAUAACCCACCCCCGGGUCACACGCUGUGCGUCAAGUACGUGACUGGUUUCACAGCGGCGUUCUCCUUUGCUCUGGAGACCCAGCUGACCAUAGGGUAUGGGACCAUGUACCCCAACGCUGAUUGUCCCACUGCUAUUGCCCUCCUCGCCCUGCAGAUGCUGCUGGGACUCAUGCUGGAGGCCUUCAUUACUGGUGCAUUCGUGGCCAAGUUCUCUCGCCCCCAGAAGCGAUACAGUGGGAUCCUGUUCAGUCCACAGGCCGUGGUUUCCGAGGUGGAAAGUCAGCAUUGCCUGAUGUUCCGUGUGUGUAACCUGCUCUCCAGGCCACUGGUGGACGUAUGCGUGAGUGCCGUUCUCUAUGAAGAACGUGAUGAUAUGACCCUGCACCAAACCUCCCUCGAGUUCCUGCUCGAUGGCCUGGGGUCGCGACCUUGCCCCCUCUUCCUGUCCCCACUGACAUUCAUCCACCCCUUGACACCUGACAGUCCACUAAACCGCGUUCUCACGCCUGGCAGCCAGUCGCAUUUCGAGGUGGUGGUGUUCCUCUCCGCCUCCCAGGAAGGCACGGGCUCUGCCUACCAGAAGAGGACGUCCUACCUACCUGACGAGAUCCAGUUUGGCCGGCGCUUUUCCAAGGCAACGCUUCUACGUGGGAAUGAACGGCGGAACAGCGCGGAGGCUAUGCGCUAUUUUGACACACACCUCUGCUCGCUCACGGCCCCCAACUCUCGGGACAAGGAAUGCGUGGUGCAGAUUAAUGGUGAAGGUAAUGACAAGAUGGAAUAGAUCUACAUAGUGUCUGUUAUCUUUCUUUAUCCAGUUUGAGCAUACAAAAGGGCAUUCCACUCAUGAGCCAAGAACCUCCAACACCUCCAACAAUCAAAGGCUGCAUUUAUGCUUUAUUUUAACUAUGUGUUACAUGAGCUGCGUCAUUGGCAAACUCGUCUAGAGGAGUAAGACCUAGAUCCAGUAGAGGGCAGGUCAGAGCAGAAACAUUCCUGGCUUUCACAGGAAUAUCUUCCUUGACUACUUUUCCUGAUUUUGCAAGGUUGACAGCGAACAGGGCAACAGUUGAGGAGACUCCUAUUGUUCAUCUUGCAGGACAAGCACAGUUUGCUUCUCAAAACCUUCUACCUUUGUCAUGGUUCAGUCUGCUGCUGAGGUCCCGUCCUAUUCUGGUGCACUGCCCUCACCAUUUAUGUUGUGCCGUGCUAGUUUGCGAGGACAUGCAUGAACGACAUGAUACACAUAGUUAAAAUGAAGUACAGCGCAGCCAUUACAAUUCUACCCCCUCCUCCAGGACAGUUUCCAAGAACUUCACCAGACACUACUAUGCUAAACUGGACAGUCUCUGAAGAUCCCAAACAAAUAAAUUUCUGUUCAACACUUUUGCUGCUAUGAGUACCGGGUGAUUGACAGCUCCUGGGUCUUUUUUGCUGUUCCAAAAUAAGGGAGGGUGAUGGUGACUGGUGGUCCGGGUUUUUCUACAGUCUAUGCCCUUAUCUACAGAGUACCCAAUGGUGUCUAUGGUCCAGUUGGUUAUUCAAGGCCAACAAUUGCACAAAAGUGUUUUCCCUGCUCCAACAUGCCUGAUUAAACUCACAAAGUGAUUGAGAACAGGCUGAGUUAGAGUGGUGAGGACAUGGGUAGGAUUUGAGAGGUGCAGGAUUUGGGUAACUUGUUCCUACAAUGUUCUUCUGAGUCGAAUUCAUACCAGCCAGGCUUAAAAGAAAAGAGAAAACAAAUUUGCAUGAUUGUCCACUGACCUCAAAUGCAAUGUUUGGUUUCCAAGUUUGGCUUCUUCACAUUAUAGGUGGAGCUGCCAGGCUAACAAUAGUCUCCAAAACCAUUUUCACAAAAACAAUCUUCUCCUAUUUGCUUCAAAUUGCGUCAAGCUAGUUAAUAAAAAGAGAAUAUUGUAAAAGGGUGUUGACAGACCUUAUUUACACAUUCAAGCUAAAAUUGGAAUUGCAUUAUCAUCCACACAAUGUCUUGCAUUGCGCCUUCAAAUUCCAGGCUGUAGUGCAUUGAUGUGUUGUAGGACGUCACUGUGCAUGUACGUAGCGUUAGCACAGUAAUACCUAAGACUUCUUUAUAGUAAAAGAGUGAAAAGUUACCUAUAUAGAACCUACGAAAAUGAGGUAUUGCCUGAGGUGCCACAGUAGCAUUGUGCAACAGAGAAUUUGAACAAGAAAAUAACUGCAGCUUCCUGCUAAAAAGGUUAGGAGAAGUCACUGGGGGGGUAUAUUCAGGCUCCAAAAUAUAUACAGUUGAGGUUCAUUUAUGCAGAAAAUCCAUCCAUCUUAUCCUUCUAGGUCACAGGUGUUGCUGGAGCCUGUACUGUUCAUUAGGCAGACGGCUAGAAACACCCUGGACACGUCGCCAGUCCAUCGCAGGACUGUGCAGACAACGUGCCCCUCAAAUGUCAUAAUUGGAAGAAGCAAUGCUUAGCGUCUCUACUUAUGUUACUGUAGGGUGCAUCUUAUGAAUUAGCCCCAUCUUUGGUCAUCUUGCGUGGUACGAUACCAAAUUGUGAUCCUAAAAAUUUGCCCCCCUCGAUGCGGUUUGAGCAGACUGAAAGAAGUUCUGGGCAUGUAUUUGGGUAAAUGGUUUGGGUGACUAUUGACUUACACUAGCUUAUUGGCAACACUAGCUUCAGAGCUUCCGUUCAAAAGUAAAGAAGCAACAUUCUGAUGCUAAAUAAGUCUUGGCUGAUGUGGAAAGUCAUGUCAACUUCACCUUGGAUGAAUAUACCGACUGGAAGUUGCUCAAUAAUUGUAUGAGAAUGUGCCUUCAAACCAUGCAAAACUGAAUUAAAGUGGUAAAACUGGUAAACAGUUCACCAAUUUUUUUCAAAACAUUGCACACAUUUAUAGUGUAACCUUCCCAAAAUGUAAAGACUUUAUAUCUGGUUACUUUAUCCCUCAAUCCGGCUGACCUCCACACUUGCGUGAACAGUGCUAGUGCGCAGGAACCUGGGGUAAUUGGCGACCUUUUCUCUCAUGUGGUAAUGGAGGAGCUCAUGUUUGCUGGAGGCCUUUCUAGGAUCUGGACAGAAGCUGACUCAUGUUGGAGCUUAAGCCACAUGACACCUUUGAAAAAGGAGAUACUGGCACCACCGUGGGGACAAACAUUUAGAGAAUAACUCAGAAUCUACUGGAAUGGAAUCUACGCAUAAAUCUGCAUGAUUUUAUUGGUAGUUGCACACUGUAUAUUAUGUUUAUUUUCUUAUCAACCCUAGAGUACAUGCUGGAUUAUGAUAGUACUUAUUUUAUGAUAGAAAUUUUAGAAGUCUUUGCUCUGGACGUCUGGCCUUUCAGAGCAGACUUUUCACUGGCACAGGAAAUCAGUAGGCCUUCUAUUUUUGUUUUUUGUUUUUUUUUCUCAUGAAGUAAUCAAUCAAAUACAUGUACUGUAAAUUAGAAAUGAUUGAUUUUUAUAUCAGUAUCAUGUCAGUAAAACAUGUCUGAUCCUUAUAAAAAUCGACUUUUUCAUACAUUUUUUAAAAAGGUAAACACUACUAUUUGUACAUUGAACUAAGGAAGGGCCACAGUGGUCUGUAAAAGAAAUGCCAUAAUUUUGUAACAUCUUUGUAACAGCUGAAUAAAAAUAUUCUUUAAAAAAGUG